UCUUGUAUGCAGCAGCACUUUUUUCUUCAAAGAGUUAACACUGGAGACUUUCCAGGAAGACUGGAGCCUCUCAUCCUGUGGGUCCUCCCCCUGUGUCAGUGCUGUGACCUCACUGUUCAUCUGGCACUGGUUCAAGAACGCUAAAACACGUGCACACGGCUGCAAACACACACACACAUACACGCUAUAUCAGGGCAGGGAGAGAUUCACAGAUGAGUUCAGCUGUCAGCUCCGGGCUGAGCUGAGACAGGGAGAGGGUUUGCAAAUAAGAAUCUGCAGAAGAAAGCAAGAGAUAAAGAGAGACGCAGGAAAUAGUGGGAAAAUGGCGUGAAGAUCAAGAACACUAACGGAUCCACACAAUAACACAGGAAGAGUGGUGGCAAAGAGGAAAGCCGGUCCUUUUUUUUGUUCCCCCUCUGUCUGGAUGGUGUUAGAUCUUUCUUUAAAGCUCUGCGUGUCAUCCUGCAUAUGUAAACCAGUGGGCUGUGCUUUGUGCAAAAUAGGCUUACCACAGGAAUCGCACAAAAAGCCUAAUUUCAGGAAGAGAAGGAAAAAACAUGCGACACGCACGGCUCCGAGACGACAGGCACGGCUGAAAGAGCUCGGGUGGACCAACCUGCUUUUCUAGAGGAGGGAUGAACGCUGAAGCCAAGAGAGACUUGAGACAGCGUGGAGGCUUCUGGACUGACUCAAAGGGAGUUGAUUACUCAUGCGACUUUGGUUUCUUGCUUUGUGACUUGUCAGAGAUGGGAACCAUGUGCGGCUUGAAGAGGGCAUGGGCACACGUAAGGAAAAGCUAAAGAGUGCAACUAGAGGACAAAUUCCCGGGAAGUGCGAGAAAGCCAAACGGAGGGAGCUAUGAGUUUGCCGACUAACUGUGUCUUUCUCACUCCAGCUGACCGGGCUUUCAAAGUCCGAAAUGGGAAUAUCUACGGAUCGCCCUGCGCAGUAAACCGUCCGAUCGACAUCUUGCAGAAGCGCAGGCGUUUUGAUGUUGAAAAUGGACCGUCAGUGGGACGAGCGCUGGACUCUCAGGUCAGCCCGAGCUCUGGCCUGGUCCUGCAGGGUAACUUCCCCCACAGCCAGCGACGCGAGUCUUUCUUGUACCGCUCCGAUUCAGACUUUGACAUCUCACCAAAAGCCAUGUCUCGAAAUUCCUCCACUGCUAGUGAGCUGGAAGAGGGCUUGAAACAGUGGGAAGUCAGUUGCCUGCCUCGACAUGAAGACAUGAUUGUAACACCAUUCGCACAGGUCCUGGCUAGUUUGCGGACAGUGCGGAGCAACUUCGCAGCAUUGACUCAUCUGCAGGAUCGGGGAAGUUGCAAACGGCCAUCAGGUAGUAAUCCUCCAUCUGUGUGCAAGCAGGGUGUGCCAGAUGAAACAUACCAGAAGUUGGCGAUCGAGACCCUGGAAGAACUUGACUGGUGUCUGGACCAAUUAGAGACCCUUCAGACACGUCACUCGGUCAGCGAGAUGGCCUCAAAUAAGUUUAAAAGAAUGCUGAACCGUGAACUUACCCAGCUGUCAGAGACGAGCCGCUCAGGAAACCAAGUGUCAGAGUUCAUAGCUAGCACAUUUUUAGAGAAACCGCACGAUGUGGAGAUCCUGUCUCCGCCACCGAAGGAGAAGGAGAAGAAGAGACGUCCCAUGUCUCAGAUCAGCGGGGUGAAGAAGUUAACGCACAGCCCGAGCCUGGCCCCCAGCCGCAUCCCUCGCUUCGGGGUCAACACCGAGCACGAGAGCCUGCUGGCCAAGGAACUCGAGGACAUUAAUCGCUGGGGUCUUGAUAUCUUUAAGAUAGCAGAGCAUUCAGGGAAUCGGCCGCUGACGGUGAUCAUGUACACAAUAUUUCAGGAACGAGAUCUGCUGAAGUCCUUUAAGAUCCCAACCGACACAUUCAUCACCUUCAUGAUGACCCUGGAGGGCCACUACCACACUGACGUGGCCUAUCACAAUAACAUCCAUGCUGCUGACGUAGUGCAAUCCACACACGUUCUCCUCUCCUCGCCUGCUUUAGAGGAUGUCUUCACUGACCUCGAAAUCAUGGCUGCUUUGUUCGCUAGUGCCAUACACGAUGUUGAUCAUCCUGGAGUGUCAAACCAGUUCCUCAUCAACACCAACUCUGAGCUGGCUCUGAUGUACAACGACGCGUCCGUACUGGAGAACCACCACCUGGCCGUGGGCUUUAAACUCCUGCAGGAAGAAAACUGCGACAUCUUCCAGAACCUGAGCAAGAAGCAGAGGCAGUCACUGCGCACGAUGGCCAUCGACAUGGUAUUAGCCACAGACAUGUCCAAGCACAUGAAUUUCCUGGCAGCCCUAAAGACCAUGGUUGAGACAAAGAAAGUGACCAGUCUGGGAGUAUUGUUGCUGGACAACUACUCGGACAGAAUACAGGUUCUCCAAAACAUGGUGCACUGUGCCGACCUCAGCAACCCUACAAAGCCUCUGGAGAUCUACAGGCAGUGGACAGACCGUAUCAUGGUGGAGUAUUUCACCCAGGGUGACCGGGAGCGAGACAAAGGCAUGGAGAUUAGCCCCAUGUGUGACAAACACACUGCUUCAGUGGAGAAGUCUCAGGUGGGCUUCAUUGACUACAUCGUACACCCUCUAUGGGAGACAUGGGCUGACCUCGUCCACCCGGACGCCCAAGACAUCCUGGACACGCUGGAGGACAACCGCGAGUGGUACCAGAGCAUGAUUCGCCACAGUCCUUCACCUCCACCCGGGGAACAGGAUUCACACAGCGCCAUCGGAGCCUCCACUGGUGAAAAGAUCCAGUUCGAGCUGACGCUGGAGGAGGAGGGCGAGUCGGACUCAGAGAGCCCUCAGGAAGCAGAGCACAGCGAGUCGGAGAGCCCCGCGAUUCGAUGCCGCAGGACGUUAUCUCCUGACACAAUGGACAAGCAAGCUGUUAGAGAACGAGACUAAAGAGACAAACUGUGCAUAGCUAGGUGCAUGGCACUGCUGUCCUAAUGACACGUCUCAGCGAUAAUUUACUCCUAAAUCUGUGAUGAACUUCAGUGUGGCUGUAGCAGGCUCCAAUCGAGCAAUGCGCCCCAUACCAGCUAAUGAGAUAACUCCUCAUUUCACCUAUUAGACACAUAUUUCCUGGUUUUUUUGCUGCCAGAUAAGCCUUUUAGUCCUAGCUUCUUAAGAUGCAUUUGUGUCCAGCACACAGGUGGCUGUAAUGAUCACUCAGUGACCGAGGAGAGAUCUGAGGAAUGCUCGGCCUCUUCGGGGUCUAUUAACAAAGCAAGGAGGUCUUCUGAGAAAGAGAGUCUUCCUUCACAUGAUGUACAUGUUGUCUGUAGAGGAAAUUGUAAUAUUUAUGGAAAGCUAACAGGGUCGAGGAACUGUUUUGUUUUUUGUUUUUUUUGCACCAUACCAUUAGUUUCCGGACAAGUUUCAUUUAUCUUUUUAAAUAAUUCAUUUAGCAUUGAUUUUUAAUUUUCCAGUAUUUGUAGUCACAUUGAUCAGACGAAUGGACAAGUGACCGUCAUGCCAAAUAUUAGCUCCAGAUGAAAUAAUGACACUAAUAACCUCAGGAUAUAAAUAAUUAUUUCACUUUUAAUGUAGCAAGGUACCCCUGUAUAUUAUAUAUUACCCAGUGCAUCUUUAUUACAGACCACUAAAAAACAUUUAUACUGGUUUUCACCCAUAAAUCUCAAUACUCACCUUCAUGUAUCUUAAUAAUUCAUCAGAUCUUGAUAUAGUGAAACAGACCCAAUCCAGAUGUUCAGACUCAGCACAGCUGGAUCAUGAGGCACUGCUUGGUUUGAGUAUUGAUUCCAGCCUAUGUGUUAAGAUCCAAAUCUCAUCUGUGGCUUAAACCAGUUUAUGCUAUACCAUGGAUGUGGUAGCUCAGUGGUUAAGGUGUUGAGCUACUGAUCAGUAGGUUGUGAGUUCAGAUGCCCCCCCCCCCCUGCUCAGCUGUAUAAAUGCGAUAAAAGUCGCUCUGAAUAAGGGCAUCUGCCAGGUAAUGUAUGUUAUAGCAACAAGGAACCCUAACGGUAAUUUAUCCUUAUAAUACAAGAUAUUUUAUAGUUUUUAUAUAUGCAAGUUUUCCACUGAACGAUUUUAUUAAUAGCCUCGUGUUCCUUUUGAACGCGACUAGCAUUUCUUCAACAAGAAAUCCACAUGAUCCUCAUAUUAAUCCUCACCAUUAACGCACAAUCUUCAUUUUUUUUAGGUCCACCAUUUAUAUGCCUCUUUCACUGACCGUCUAGUCUCUUUACACCGUGUCCUACGUGUCCCCCCAGCCUUUGCCGUAAGCACUACUUCUACACCGGUCUCUGAAAACAGUGACGAGUGAGAAAAGAAGGUCUUACUCUUUAGAAGAAAAGUGAUCAUUAUCCCGUAUGCUUGAUAUCACUGUGCUAGUCUUGUUUUCCUGUGAAUCCAGAGCUUUCUCACAGGAAUGAAAAAAAAUAAUACAAGCACAUUAGCAGCAGAAUCGCCAAUCGCUAUGAAUUAUAUUUCAAUUGAUCAUGUUAUAUAUAUAUUUUUCCUUAAGUGUUUCUGUUAUAAAGUGAACGACUACGUGAAAGCUAAAUGCUCAAGUCUAUGUGCACAAACAUCCGUUUCAAUCCUACUGAACUACAGAAUAAACAAAGUAGAGCUGAGUAGAAUAUCCAGGGGUACCCUUUAUCCAUUUCUUAAAUCAUCACUCGUGUUUGUAUUAUAUGUAUUUGUUUUGUCCAGAUUUAACAUCAUUGUCUCAAACGUGUUAUUGACAGCUCACCUACUGCCACAAUUUGCCGCCUCUCUGCGAUUAAGACGUGUCGUAGAAUAUUAGCCUGUGAUUUGGAUUUGGAAAGCAGAAUAAUUCCGGCACAUUUAAAGGGCUCUAGAUGAACCAGGACCCUGUAGUUCAAUGGCAUAACUUCAUUUACACAACUUUAACAGUGUUUUCAUUGAGGAUUUUAUAUAUAUAUAAAUAUAUAUAAUAUGGAAUAAACUAUAGAUAACUAGCCAAUAUUUUUUAUUGAUUAUAAUUAUAAUAAUGACAUUAUUAGGAGAAUUCGUGUCUUGGUGGCUUUGGUGUCUCUAUAUUUCAUCACAUAAAGUAAAUAUAGAAAUCCCACUUUUGUGUCCAAGAGGAAACACUAAACACGGCGGUUCUUUCAGAUAUGAGUUGACUGAGCGUCACUGAACGAUUUUGUGUACGAAUUUCACACGUGCACAACGGGAGAGCGUUCCGAUGAGAAUGAUGCGGUUUAGAUUCAUUUACUGAAGUCAUCUGUACGGUAAAAAAGCAUCAGGUUUCUUUCACAUUGUUUCAUGUCUUAUUUGAUCUUUACUGACGUGUCACAUUUUCCUCUUGAGUCCCUUUACCGGCAAGGCCAUGGAAUUGCCAAACUUAUUUGUUGUGUACGUUUGUGUGGUGUCUUUGAUCUGAAGAAUAAGAGUGUAAAAAAUGUGUUUUGCCACUCCUGUACCUGUUUCUGUAUCUUCUGUACCAUGUGUCACGUUCAAAGCCAAAAACUCCAGACUACUUCAGGUUGUUCUCUAGAACCAACAACAAUAAAUUAACUUAAGCUGUC